GAAGCGAGCGAGUGAGCGAGCGGAGCCGUGCGACCGCUCUGUUGCUGCUGCUGAGUGCUGCGUGCCGUGCCACAGCGCAACGCCAUUUUCCUGUGCCCCCGCGGGUGAAGUCGAUCCGCGUUAGUUUCUACGUUCGUACGCGGUCGUUCGGUCGGGGACAUCUCGCGACGUCUCGCGGGGCGACGUCGCCCACGUUUCGAUCUCGGCCGCAUCGCCUCUCGGCGGAGGGACUCCCGUCGUCCUGCCCGUUUACUCCUGCUUCGCCUGGAGUGCGCUCGGCUUCCCCGCCCGGGAUAUGCGUGGACACGCGGCGGACAGCCGUGCGACGGAUACGAUGGUCUCGAGAGAGCGGUGAGUGAAUUACCGCGCGGAGGAGCCCGGAGAAUCAAGCAGCCGGUGAGCCGAAGAUGCCGCUUCCGAAGCGAUUGGUGGAGCCUGUGCAUGUAGCACGCGGCACCAUCCCUGAUGACUUCCCGCUGCCAUCGGAACUCGAGGCAGCCACAAAUGGCACCCUGGCCAACACUAUCCGACAGCUCUCCAGCCUGUCGAGGCACGCCGAGGAUCUGUUCGGCGAGCUGGCGAGGGAAGCGCACGGAUUGAGCGAUCGUGCGAAUUCCCUGCAGGCUAGGAUAGAUCGUUUGGCCGUCAAGGUUACCCAAUUGGAUAGUAAUGUCGAGGAAGUCUCGUUGCAAGAUAUACACAUGAGGAAAGCCUUCAAGAGUUCCGUGGUGUUUGACCAGCAAGUCGUCUCCAGGGACACCAUGCCGACGGCCAUGCUGGAAACGUAUCACCAGUGCGACACGCCGCCACCCCUGGACAAGCUUAAUAUUUACAGGGAGGACGGCAAGGACGGUUUGAAAUUCUACACCGACCCGAAUUACUUCUUCGACCUGUGGAGUCAAGAAAUGCUCAAAGACACGGAAAAGAAAUUACACGACCGAGGAAAGAAGAGCGAGUCUGAAUAUGCCGAACCGUUCAGAGAGCCGCACAGGCCUCGGAAUGAGGGUGGCGGCGGAGGUGGCGGCAGGCAUAAGAAGCGUGUGAGGCAGCCGCAUAAUACGAGGGAACGACAACGGCAACUGGCCGUCGGCCAUGGCGAGUACAUCAUGCCAACGCAGACGGUGCAGUACAGGGCGCCGCACAAUGUGCAACCCGACGACGCGUUACUGGGAAUGGUAAUGACGGAUCCCAGGCCACCGAGGCCCAACAGCAUCGAACUGCGACGAAGCUACCCCCCAGAAGAGCAGCAUCUCUACAGCCCGCCGUCUUCCGAUCUCUACAGGGGAACGAACUAUAUGACUCAGGGCUACGAUGAUAAUCCAUAUGGUUCGCACUACGCUUCGGGACAGGCACCGCCCGGCAGCGAGGCGUAUCAGAGUCCCGGCGGUCAGAGUACUCCGAGCCGGGGCGGUAGGUCGCGACCGUCGCAGCCGCCACCGGCGCCGCCGAGCAACGCUUCCAGCAAUUCGACGCCCACGGUGGCAUCCGCCAACAACACUCCCACGAGGGGAAGAUCCAUGAGCACCGGCAGGGAUACCCUGCCACCGCCACCCCCGCCACCAGGAGAAACCAUGUCUCCUCCUUCCAUGAACGGUUCCAUACCGCCGCACUUGCUGAACAGGAGCGGAAGUCGGUCGGACAGUCCUCUACCGAGCCAACGUUCGACGCCGACGCCGCCGAACCAUGCAGGCCAGUUGGGUACGGACGAGACGGAUCCGGCACCACAGGAUCUUCCGCCACCUCCACCCACCCCAGAUCCCACCCCACCAAGACCCAUCUCGCCUCCAUGCAACAUCCCGCCACCUCCACCACCGCCGCCUCCUCCACCGGUCAUCAACGGACCCACGGCACCACUGCCGUUGACAAACGGCGAUAUCGCGAAGAUGAUCGCGACCAAUCCGCCGAAGCUGAAGCCCCUGAAGAGUAUUGUAGACGGCCAGCUAAGGAAACCCGUCAAUCCGAAUAUUCCAUUGGUCGAUCCGCGAAACGACCUGCUCAAGGCGAUUCGCGACGGCAUAAAACUACGCAAAGUAGAGAAGAUCGAGCAGAAAGAGGUGGAGCGCGUGAACGCGCUCAACGACGUCGCGUCCAUCCUGGCGCGCCGCGUCGCCGUCGAGUUCAGCGACAGUGACUCGGCGUCGGAGAGCGAAUGCGACAGCGAGGGAUGGGGCGAGCAGGAGAGCAGCAAUCUGGCGUGACCCAACUCUCUGUCAUCCGCCGCCGUUACUGCCUCCUAGGGUAAACGGCCGACGAUCAAUUCGUUUCGACGCUCCGACGCCACCCUAACGUUCUACGACGCUGUAAGCGAGCCGAUCUAUUUCUCGUUUCUCGUUUUCGUAUUUCCGUAGCCGAUAUCUCAAUUUGCGAGGGAUCACGAAACGCUCGCGCGCUUUAAACAUUGUGUAUUCAGAGUUUCGAAUUUCCGGAAGAGAAUCCGAAGAAAAUCCUGAAUUAUUAAAGCACAAUUCUGCACGAUCCUUUCGACGAAGAUUAUUCGUCAUUCGGAGAAUACACUGGUAGAACCUUAAUUUAUUAUUGCUCGCCCAAACAAAGACAAUGUAAACUUUAUUGACGGAAAUAAUUCGCUCCUUUCAUCGCGUUAUUGAUACGACAAAAAUUGAAAUUAUAUCGAUAUUUCGCGUCAUAUUUCGUUAUUAAUAUUAAUCUUCUGUAUUGAGAAAUUCAUUCUGUGAAAAGACAAAAAACUAUUGCUGUGAAUGAAAAAAAGUAGAAAAAUGUUAAAUUUCUGAAAAAAGAAUUCUUGAAAUACGUGUUGGAGUUUGCAUGAUUUCGUCAAGAUCGUCAAUCAUAACGUCGUUCUUUGUUUCACAAGUCAAGCCCGUGUUAUUGAAUCGGCUGGUCAGCCACUCAGUCAGCAAAAGCAAUAGCACCGUUUAGUUUUAAUCGCUCUGUUCUUCUCGUGGAACAGAGAACAUUUUCGAAGACACGCUAAUUGUGGUCAAUUUAAUCGCGAGCGUAGUUCAGCCGAAUCGCGAUUCGAGUUUUGAAUGCGACGAACGGAGCACUCGUGAGCUCAUAAGAAAAAAAAAA